AUGAGCGACGAGGUCCUUCGCGACUUCCUCUCAGCGCACAGCCUCGCACACCUGGCGCCGGCCCUCCUGGACGAGGAGCUUACCGUGCGGCUGCUCCGCACCAUGUCGAAUGACUUCCCGGGGCUGAGGCGCGUGCACGCGUCGCCUCCCGUCUACCUGGUCAAAGGCUUUCUUCCCGCCGCCGAGUGCGCGGCGCUCACGCGCACGGGCGUGCCGCUGCUGCUGCGCUCGCGGACCGAUGGCGGCGUGUCCGCCGGCCGCACCUCCGACUCGAUCUUCCUCACCUCUGGCUGCGCCGACGCGUGCGCGCCGUCGCUCCUCGCGCGCAAUUUACAGACAACACUCCCUGUCACGGCGGAGAGGCUCGACACAGGCCUGCCUCGCUCGCGGAUGGAGGAGCCGCAGCUGGCGCGGUACGGGGCGGGCCAGAGGGACGGCGAGGCGGGGCACGCUGCUGGCCCAGGCCUGCGACUCGCGACGGUCCUCGUCUACCUCACCAGCCUCGCGAGCGGAGGUGAGACGGACUUCCCGCGGCUGGGGCUGCGCGUGCGGCCGCGGCGGGGGUGUGCUCUCGUCUUCUUCCCCGCGAGCGAGGAUUGGCUGGACGGGCUGCCCUGCCCCGACUCGCUCCACGCCGCGCUCCCCGUGCCGUCCGGGGAGGGCGAGAAGUGGAUCUGCACCGUGUGGGAGGGCUGGGAUGAGCAGGCGCACAACCACCCUGUCUUUCGAUAUUUGAAGUUGAAUUGCGCGAGGUCUGAGCUACCCCGACAACGGUGA